CAGACUAGAAUCUGAAACAAAAACGAUCAUGCUGAAGAAUUUCUAAAUACUGAAACUUGUACUAAGAUAAUGAUGACAGUAUGUCUGAUAUUGAAUCCUCUCCAUCCAAGCAAAAGAAGCUGCCUUUACAUCUCCACGAUCUUGAAUUUCAAGAAAGAGAUCCUAAAUGCGUCGACUCAUUCUGUAACUUGAUCAGCACAAGGCUUAAGUUACUAGAAAACGAAAUUCUUUCACAGCAUAAAGUUUGGGAAUCAAUUCAAAGAGAGGUAGAUGAAGUGAAAUCUCUAAUCGAAGACGGCGCCUCAACUUGCGAUUCAUCGUCUUCAAGCGGCCAAGAUAAUGAAAGCGAAGUGGUGGAUUCGGCUCUGGAGAGUCAUAAAACUUGUAAUAGCUUAUUAUGGAGCAAAAUCAAGCAAGCGGAAGAAAGUAUAGAACGAAAAACGUCUCUUAUGCAGAGUCUCAGUAAUGAUGUCACACGGCUAAAAAGUAGUAAGCAUAAAUUAAAAAAGAAACUGUCAAAGUCAAGCUCCAACAUAGAUUUGAUACUCGAAGUAACAAACGGCCUUCAUGUUUUAAAAUGCGAUGAUUGUAAGUUUUGUCAUGAGCAUUUAGAUUUUCGAGAAAGCCUUUUGUCAGCUGUAAUUGAAUUAAUACAUUUCAGUGAAAAAAAUUAUAACUGUUGUCUCGACGAAAAUAAAGCUUUAAAAGCAUGUUUGCAGAAAAUAUACAUGAAAACAAAGAGCUGCCUUUUACACAGUCAAGUUUAUUCAAAAAAUACUCACUUUCAACAAAAUUAUUUUUCAAAACAAAGUGGUGGCUCUUACGUUGAAAAUAUUUAUGCAAGUUUUGAAGAUUUUUGCCAACACUUCCAAAAUGUUCAAGAAGAGCUACUGCAAUUAAAGCGUAUUUUAUUAGCAGCUGAAGAAAGCCAUCUCGAUGAAAUGUUACAAGACUCUCAUUCAUCAGAAUGUAGGUGCUUUAGUGUCACAAAAGAAGGAACAAGUCGUCAUAAAAGGGAUUACGAAGACAAUGAAAUAAAGUUUGCUAAAUGCCGACAAACGAAUUCUUGUAAUUACGAGCAGAAAGUGAAAAGC